AUGAUGCUUGGAGUUAUAAUCUAUAAAGUCUAUUUCUUGGUUGUUGAUAAAUUCUGCAGUGAGCGGUGUCCGGGAGGGGCAUGCGACAUUGAAGGCGAAUUCAAAGACAUUUUUAAACAAAUUGAUUUGAUGAAUGCCUUUAUCGGCAUGCGAGCGGAUAAACCAUACAAUAAAUUUUACACCCACGCGGUGAGUCAUAAUGCAUACUCGAACGUCAUUGCUGCUCUGAAGAUUGUCAGUGAACAUGAAGACGAAUUCCGUGUUGCGCCAUACGCAUGCAAAGCCAUCAACGCCAUUCCUGCUUGCCAGAUCGCGAACUUUUACCCGCAGUAUCUACUCCUCAAUAAAAUGAAGAACGACAGACUCAAGGUAGAGGGCACUCGAGAUCUUAGGCCGUAUAAGAACACAGAUAACGCCAAAAUAAUUGAAUUGAAGAAAAGCGCAAUCAAGCAUUUUGAAUUGCUAAGUGCCAUAGAUCGACUGGAUGAGAAUCUACGAGCUGAGGUCAAGGGGAUUUCGGAAUACUUUAAAGGCGUCGCUAAGUUCGACGAAGGAAUAGCUGACCCAGAUCAAGCCUUCAUAACCACCAAACUUGACGAAUUUAAAGAUUCGUAUGGAAAGAUUGAAAAAAAAUUGAAUGAAGAUAUGAAAGGUAUAUUAGAUGUCACGAAUACCAUUUUAGGAAUCGAAGUUGCCGAUAAAGUAGCGUCACUCGUCGCUAAGAUCUUGUUGGAAUCGAAUCCUGUUAAGAUGAUCUUUGCUGGUGCUGAUGCCGCUGGAAUAAAGGAAGCUACAGAUGAGCUAGGCCAAGCUUCUGCGAACUUGGCAAAAGGUAUUACACUGGCUGUGAAGUUAGUCGACCUUGGAAACGACGCCCGUGAUAUAACAACUGCUUUGGAGGACAAUCAAGAACAAAUCAAAACCCGCAUUGAAUUAGUCGAGAAGAUCAAGAAAAACGAGGCAAUCACGAUAGACGAUGAUGCAUACCAGUUCAUUGAAGAGUAUAAUAAUUAUACACCUAAGGUAGAUCGAAGCCGUUUAGCCAAGAACAUUGAGAUGUGGGGAGCUUUCCAAGAGUCCACGUGCGACUUGCUAAACGGAGUCGAGGGAAUGCCCGCAAACAUCGCAAAGGGUGUAGCCGGUGGAUUUCUGUUAUGCGAAAAGUUGAGGGGAACAAUAGCGGAGUUUAGUGCCUUGAGAGAGGAUAUUUUUGAUUUUCAAUUCGAUCUCAUGGAUGUUCUUGCAAGAGUCAUACGAGGAAACGUCGCUAAAAAAUUGUCCAUCUCCAUCCAGAAAGAAGACGGUGAUUUCUUACAGGCUGACCAGCUUUUAGGAGGCUUUUUCAUGACGCAGAUUUUUCUUCAGUCUCAAGCCUGGCUCUACUGUGAUAAACUUCAGUACGGAAAUAAUGGGAAACCGGUCGAGGCGUGUAAUACAGAGAAUGGGGUCUUCACCAACAAGGAGUUGGACAACAUCGUCGCAUAUACAUAUUGUGAUUUCAGCGGACACUGA